GAACCUUGAUUAACUCUCUUUAAGUGCAUGACAAAGUUUCCUCUAGAUCAUCGCCAGAUCAAGAAUCUUGUAGCUUUUUUCAAGAAUCUCCAAAGUUAACGACCUUUCAAGAAUUUGGGGUGUUGUUUUGUUAUUUAUACAUGAGCAGGGUGUUGUAUCAAUCAGGAAUGAGAGUGGUUCAGGGAAUGAAGGAGCAGGCAUCAAUGUGUGAUUCUAGCACCAUCAAGUCUUUGAGAGAUUCUGCUUGUUCAUCUUCUUCUUCUUCAAAGCAGGCAAGGCGUUUCUCUGGUUCUGUUGAUUCAAGUGGUUAUAAGAUUGCCAAGAGCGAUAAGUAUAAGCAGGCCGAGGAGAAUCUUAGGACUGUCAUGUUCUUGAGCUUCUGGGGUCCUAACUGAGCGUCGUCAAGAAGCAGCAAGCUAGCUGUUGGGGUUCGUCUGUUUUAGCUCUUUGGAAAAUAUUUCUGUAUCCCUUCGAGGUCUGUUUACCAAUCAACUUCUGUACAAGUGUAAAUACAAAAUGGUGGUCUAGUGUGUAUUCAAUUAUAAAAUCUUUAUUUGUAGAGUUAUUUUUGUUAUCUCUGUCAGGCAAAAGAUACCAUUAACAUCAAAUUAGAGAAAGGAAGACUUAAUUCGGUGAUUUGACAAGUAUAUCAUCUUCCCUGCCAUUUAUCUCUAGAUCAUGGUAGCCUGGUAUCGUUUCCUUCUGUGCUUAAUGGCAAUCGGCAAGAUAGCUAGGACUUACUUGGGCUUGUACAGUUUGUGUGUGAGCCCAAAAUGUAAUUUGAAUACAUGCUCUGCAAAUGGCCCAAUCAUGGGAGGAAACAGGACGGAAUUUUUUCCCUGGCCAUAAUCCAUCUCCAAUCUCCACCACAUAAAGAAAACAGAACUGAUAAGCUAGCUUGUUCAGUUUCUCUGUGCCUUUAGCUCCAAAACCUUGUAACCUUGCCUCAGAGCUCUCAGCUGAAAACUGAAAGACUAUGAAUUCACUUAAACUUUACAAGAGUUGUUAUCAAUCACCAUUUCUUCCUAACCUCCACAAAAAGAUGGUAAAACAAUCCACUUUUGCUCCAAACAAGCUGGUUCACGGAAGAAAGCUAGCAGUGAGGGCAUGCGGUGGACUAGAAUCUGAAAAGAAUUCUGAAAGACGAAGUUUCUUGAGUCUUGAAGAAGCUGGUCUAGUUGAAAUGUCCGGUAUAAGCACCCAUGAAAGGUUCCUAUGCCGUUUAACGAUAUCAUCAUUAAACCUUUUAAGGGUUAUAUCAGAGCAAGAAGGGUGUACAAUUGAGGAGCUGAAUGCUGGGAGGGUAUGCGACUGGUUUUUGAAGGAUAAGCUGAAAAGAGAGCAGAAUAUAGAGUCCGCAGUGCUUCAAUGGGAUGAUUCUGAACUCCAAUUUUGAGCCUUUUUACUCUUCUCUUCAUUUAAUUAACAAAAAGGCUCAUUUAGGGAUAUCGUGGGAUUGAGCUAUAGUGUUGUUUGUGACUAUACAUGCUUUGUGCGUAACUGUCUUUUCCAUUAGAGCACCAUAUUGAUCCA